AUGUUGAACUCCUCGAUUUGUUGUGCUUUUGAGUCCCCUGUUUUAGACAAAAUCCUACCCCCUAUACUUAUCAUGGAGUUCGUUUUUGGCCUCACAGGGAAUAUUCUGGCCAUCUGUGUGUUCUUAUUCUAUGUGGAGACCUGGAAGCCGAACUCUAUCUACCUGGCAAACCUGGCUGUGGCUGACUCAGUGGUGCUCUUCUUAUUGCCAUUCAGAGCCGACUACUACAUCAGAGGCCAGGACUGGAUUUUCGGAGAUGCCUUUUGCCGUAUCCUGCUUUUCCUCAUGGCAACCAACAGGACUGCCAGCAUCUUCUUUCUUACCGCUGUGGCUGUGGACCGCUACUUGAAGAUUGUACAUCCACUUCAUCAUAUAAAUCGGUUGAACCUGAAGUACACGAUGUGGGUCUCUGCAGGCCUAUGGGCAAUGGACUUAAUAAUGACAACUCAGUUGUUAGCCUCGCCACACUUUUUCAAGGUCGGGAGUCACACCCAGUGUGAGAGUUUUAACAUAUGCCUUGGCAAUAGCCCACUGUCAAUCUGGUACAAUGCUUUCUAUGUGAUUCAGUUCUGUGUGCCAGGUGGUAUCAUCAUCUUUUGCACUGCCUGCAUUACAUGGCAGCUAAAAACCAAGACGAUGGACACUACAGGCAAGGUCAAAAAGGCUGUUCAGUUCAUUUUUGUUGUUGCCAUGGUCUUCCUCAUCUGUUUCUUUCCAAGCACUGCCUCACGCGUCGCUGUAUGGGUCCUAAAUACCUGGUACAAUGAGUGUUCAUACUUCAGUGAGGCAAAUUUGGCAUUUUACAUAUCAGUUUGCUUUACCUAUUUUAACAGUACGCUAAAUCCUCUGGUUUACUACUUUUCCACUCCUGCAUUCGGAGGUAUCAUACAGAGAGUUUUGAGAAGACUUACACAACAAAAAAAAGACAUAGCAUGA